AUAUCUUUUCUGAAACGAUAAACAUCAUCCAUCUUCUUUGUCUUAGAAUAUAAUACAUCAUCAUACAUGCAAUUUCCUUCCAGAUCUUUCCACAACCUUCUUUUUCAUUCUGUGGGCGCACGCCUUUCUCCUCAACAAAUCCUUAAAAACCCAGUUUUUCUCCACAAUCCAAAUCCAUUCUCAUCUCUUUCAUCAUCUUCUACCUCUGCUUCUCUCUCUCUCUUCACCUGUAACUGUUAAUUUCUCUUCAUGGAUACUCCAACCCAAGCACCAGAGAUUUCUUCUUUGUUCGAGAGGUUUUUGAGGGAGCGAGACCUCUCUGUUUUCCUCCCCUUCAUCUUAGGCUUCACGGAUGACUCUACUCGAAACCCAGAUCAAGAAACCUCAGAAACGACGUCGUCGACGACGGAGGAUUCAACCAGGCAGCGGGAUAGGAUCAUACUCAUCAACCCAUUUACUCAAGGCAUGGCGGUGAUUGAGGGUGCCUCCAGCAUCGAUUCUCUGCUUCGAGCCCUCACUAGCAACAACGAGAACCGCAAGAAUGGUCAGCCCCCGGCGUCUAAGGCGUCUAUAGAAGCCAUGCCGAGUGUGGAGAUCAGCGAUGGGGAUGAGGAAGGCGAGUGUGUGAUGUGCUUGGAGGAGUGGGAAUUAGGUGAAGUAGCGAGAGAGAUGCCUUGUAAGCACAGGUUUCAUUCUAAGUGUAUAGAGGAGUGGUUGGGGAUUCAUGGGUCUUGCCCUGUUUGCAGGUAUAAGAUGCCUGUUGAUGAGGAAGAGACAGGGAAGAAGAGAGAGGAGGAGAGGAGGAGAGGUGAGAGGGAGAUUUGGGUUAGUUUCUCUUUUAACAGUCGGAGAAGAAGAAGUUCUGAUGAAGAUCAAGUUAUUCCCGGUGAUUCUACUGAAGAAGACGCUUCUUUAACCUCCAGAACUGUCAAUGAAAUGGAGGGUUAAGAAUUUCUUCCUUGCUUCUUUUUGUUCUCUCAAAGGGAAUUACGUGUACAUGGGAAUUUUUUUUUUUUUUUUUUCCUUUCUGAAUAAUUUUCUUUGCAAAUCUAGAAAUUAAGUUAAUUACUUUGGUUUCAUUUUUGCUGUCUGCCCAA